UUUUAUUGUAAGUAUUAGUAAUUAUUUUUCAUAAUAUGUUGUGUAUUAUUGUCUAAUUUUCUCUCAGCUGUGCAAGCAAUGGCCAGUCCGAAUGCCAGUGGCUAUGAGCAGAUGCAACUGAUCCAAGCUGACCCUGUCCGGAGGAGCAUUUCACUUUUGCUGACCCAGAUCUUCGUGUGGCCCUUCGUCUACCUCAUCUUCCUCAUGCUCUUAAUAUUCUCUAAGAAAGAGACUUUCAGAACAGAAACACGUUACAUAUUGUUUGGUCAUUCUCUCCUGGUAGACCUAAUGUUUCUUUUUCUGACAGAUUUUGUGGUGCUCUUAUCUUACAACUUUGUUUUAAUACCACUGCAUUUCUGUAUCCCCAUCUGCAUGAUAAUGGAAGCAGUCGCAGUAAGUGCACCAUUAACCAUUGGUGCCAUGUGUAUGGAGCGUUAUGUGGCCAUUUGCAUGCCGCUGAGACAUCAUGCAAUCUCCACCUCUAGAAGAGCCCUAAUAGUGAUUAUAAUGAUAUGGAUCCUGAGCUCCAUAAACCCCUUUGUUGAUAUGUUUAUCCUCAUUAGCACUGCCUCUCAUGAGUACCUGAGUCAUCUGACGCACUGCCACUAUGAGAUUAUGAUUUUGGAAAGGAUACGUCAGUUUGCUAGGGGUCUGUUGUAUAUUGUGGGGCUCGUGUUGAUCUUGAUAAUUGAAAUUUUUUGUUAUGUAAUGAUAUACCUUGCUGCACGUGCAGCCUCUGGUGACAAGAAAUCAGCAUCAAAAGGGCAGCGCACCAUUUCCCUCCAUAUACUUCAGCUGUUUUUAUGUAUGGCGGAGGUGAUGUGUCCUUACAUUGAGGCUGUAGUAAUGCAGUAUGAUAUUCAGUCAUACUUGACUGUCCGAUUUAUAAAUUUCCUUGCAUUUAGUAUCACUUCUAGAGCAGUAAGUCCUCUCGUCUACGGCUUUAGAGAUGAGAAAUUCUAUGCAGCUAUGGCUUACUAUAUCAGAUGCAAAAAUAAUGUAAUCUCUGACAUUGAUAAACAAACAUGAUUAUCUUCGGUUAAAGCAUUUACAUGGGAAUCUAUGUGAUUUUAAGGCUAAAAAGUGCUUUUUUUUUUUUUUUUGCUUGUCUAAGUUUCUAUCAAAAUGUUAUCAAGUAAAAUUUGUAACAUAUCAAAAGUGCAGUUCUUGGUCUAAUAGUGAUGAUCUACAGUUUGAAAUUGUCUGCCCAGCAGCAAUAUAUUUGAAUAUAGAGAGCUUUUUAUUUACCA